AUGAUUGAUGAUUUAGAACAAACUUUGUAUAAUGACUUAAAAUAAGCAGGUGUAAUGUGUACCAUAAAUUAGGUUCUUCUAGAAUCUCAGAUUCAUUUAGACCUUAAUUAAUUCACUUAGAUUUAUAAGACAUACCUUUUAAAGAGAACUCUGAAUCUGAUUCUGUACCAUAAGUAAAUUCUGUACAGAAUCUCCGUUUUAAAGAUAUCAGUAUUUCAAAGAGUAAAAAUAAGGAUAUGUGUUCAUUGAGGAGUUUUCAAUGUUAAAAUAAUUUAUAAGAUAAGAAUGAUCGGCAAAGACAUCCAAGAAAUAGUGGGAUAACUAAAAUGUUGGCAAUUAAUAAUCUGGUGAAAUAAUUUAUAGAGAGAUUAAAAAAGAAGGCAUACAUAUUUCCUAGUAAUCUUGGAGAAAAAAUAAGAGAAAAUUUAAGAGAGGUUAUGCACAAAAAAAAGAAUUGGAAAAGAAUAAAAUAAAUACAAAUUUCUGAUGAUGGAGUUAAAAAUUAGAUUUUUAGAAAGCUUCCUGUUUUUAAUCCUGCAAGUAAAGUGAUGUUAAUAUGGGAAUUUUUUAGAGCUAUUUAAUUAACAAUAUUAUUGUGGUGGUUGCCAUUUAAAAUUGCCUUUAAUCCAUCUUCAAGUAGAAAUAUUGAUGCCUUUGAGAGUGCUUUAACAUACAUAUUUGCAGCAGAUUUAGUAAUAAAGUUUAAUAGAGGUAUUUUUGAUUAAGGUAAAUUGAUAAAAAAUAGAAUUAGCAUUUUGAAACAUUAUGUUUAAAAUGAAAUGCAUGAGGAUAUAAUAUAUUUUAUUACUUUAAUAUUUGUAAUAAGUGAUAUAGGAAUAAGAGCUAGUGGAUUUUAAGAAGUAAUAGUAUUAGUAUAAUUUGGUUUGAAUUUUAUAAAAUUGAAGAAAUACUUAACUAAAUAUGAAGAAACUUUUGUUGAAUCUUCAAUUUUAACAGAAAUAGUAAAGUUAAUAUAAUUGAUAAUAAUUACAUUUUACUUUGCCCAUUUUAUGGCAUGUAUUUGGUAUUAUGUAGGAAUCAAAAGUAUAGAAGUGAAUGAAAUAUCUUGGACUCAAGAUCCAAAGUUUGAUAAUGCUGGUAUUUUAUAGAUGUAUGUUUAUUCAUUUUAUUGGGCAACAACUACUAUGGUAACAGUAGGAUAUGGAGAUAUAUCAGGUAAAAAUAUAUAUGAAGUAUUAUGUGCAAUUGUGCUCAUGAUAUUUUCAAGUGGAAUCUUUGCAUUCUCAAUGAAUCAAAUAGGUUCAAUAUUUACUAAUAUGGAUGCAUAGAAAUAACAAUAUAAGAGAACUUUAUUGCUUAUUAAUCAAUACAUGAAUAAUAAUUAAGUUGCAGAAUAACUUCAAGGUAGAAUUAGAAAUUAUUUAAAGUAUCAUUAUCAUAAAUAAGAAAAACUUUACAAAAAUGAGAUAAGUGGUAUUAUUGAUAAAUUACCAACUACAUUAAGAUCAGAAUUAAUUUAAGAUGUAUAAUUUAGAGUUAUGCAAUGUAUACCUUUUUUUAAUAAAAAUUUUUCAGAAGAAAUUCUACCUUAAAUUGCUUGUGAAUUAAAUCUUUAAUCAUAUACACCUAGAGAAAUAAUCUAUUAAUAAAAGUAAAUAGAUGAGUGUAAUAUCUUUAUUGUAUGGAAAGGAGAAGUGAAUUUAAUUGAUGAUAAUUCAGGUAAAGUACUUAAAACAUUUACUACUGGUUAGUGUUUUGGAGAAUUAGAAUUUUUGACUAAUUAAAAGAGAUUAGGUACUGCAAUUAGUUGUGAUUUCAGUCAAAUUUAUUAUAUAUCUAGGAAUUAAUUUCUGAAAAUACUUAAUUCUUAUAAUAAUGAUUUUUAAAAAUUUCAUUUGUUGAAGGAUUAAAUUUUAUUUCAUUAUAAUUCUUCUGCUAUUGAAUGUUAUUGUUGCCAAGAAUCCCAUUCUAUUUGGAAAUGUCCUUAUAUUCACUAUAAACCUGAUUUAGAAAGAGUAAUCAAAAAGAGUUUCUUUUAUGAUUCUUCAUAAGAACGUUCCUAAUUUAAAAGGAGAACUAUUCGUUAAGCUGUUUAUUAUUAAGAAAGCUUACUUUAAAGUUCUAAACAUAUUAAAACAUCAAAUGAUUUAGAUAAUGUUACUGCAGGAGAUAUUCAAUAAAUAGGAUCAAUAAAUGAAUCAAAUGAAUCAGCUGAGGAAAGUAUUAGACAUGAAAAAAAGAGUGAUUAGAUUUUAACUUUAUCUUAUGGUUUACCUAGUGAAAAUAGGAGAAUAAGUUAAAGGACAAAAUUUGUUCCUGCAUCUCCUCUUAUAACAGAAUCUCCAUUAAAAAAACCAACUGAUAUGCUUCGAUAUGGUUAAAAACAAAGAAAAAGUCUAUUCUUUGCCGAAUAAAGUGUUUUUACUGCUUUAUAAUCUAAGCGUCAUGAAUCAGUAUCAAAAACUACAUCAUUAGGUUAAUAAUAAAAUUUAAUAAAACAAUCAUCUAAUUAUGAAAAUGAUAGUAAUCCUGAACCAUUAAAUAUAAUAGAAGGAUUAGAUAAAAUGAUAAUUUAUUCUCAUUAUUUUCCUGAUAAUAAUUUUGAUAAGAUAAUUGAAUCUAUUUUGAAAUACUUAAAAAAAUAUAGAUUAACAAGAGCUUAUAUGAUUCCAAGUAAAUAUUCUUUUGUAAGACUAUAAAAAUAUGAUAAAAUGAAAUCUUAAGGGAAAAAAUCACUUGGUAUAAAAUAACAUGAUUUUAUGUGGUGA